ACUGUCUACACUUCAAAGAAAACUGCGAUUUGACUUGCAGUGUUGCAACAACACAGUGAAGACGCGGAGUGGGCGUUUUCACUUCACAUAGCUACUUUUCGUUUUUGCCUCCAACUUUAAGUCUAGCCAGACUGCUUAUUUUGUGUAUUUGUAAGUUUCAAAGUUUCAAAAUGACCAGCAACCUCAGGCCAAAGCUUUGCGUCUUAGAAAAAGGGGACAACGGCUACGGUUUUCAUCUCCACGGCGAAAAGAACAAGCUAGGUCAGUUCAUUCGGCACGUGGAGCCCGACUCUCCGGCCGCCGCUGCAGGUCUGCUGGCCGGGGACAAACUGGUGUUCGUGAACGGGGAGAAUGUGGAGGACGAGAAGCAUCAACAGGUGGUGUCCCGAAUACGAGGCAUAACGGGCCAACUAGAGCUCAUCGUGAUGGAUGCAGAGACCGCAGAACUGCUGCAGAAGCACAACUUAAAGUGCCAGAAAGAGUAUGUGACUGAUGGCAUACCGAUACCGAGCAGUGUUGGAUCGGACCAUGAAGACGAAGUGAAGAACGGGACCCCAAGCGAGUCCACCCCUGUCCCGGAAACAAACGGAGACAUACGCAUGGAUAGACUGAGCGUGAGCUCCAAGGAAUCAAAGAACGAGCUGCGUCCACGUCUCUGUCACAUGAAGAAGGGUGCCACUGGAUAUGGCUUUAACCUGCACACAGAGAAGUCUAAACCCGGCCAGUACAUCAGGGCGGUGGAUGAGGACUCCCCAGCAGAGAAAUCUGGACUUCUGCCCCAAGAUAAAAUAGUGCAGGUGAAUGGCAUUGCUGUGCACACAAUGCAGCAUUCAGAAGUGGUGGCGGCCAUCAAGACAGGAGGAGAUGAGACCAGACUGCUGGUGGUGGAUCCUGAGACAGACGCCUUCUUCAGCAGCUGUGGUGUCCUUCCGACUGAGAAACAUCUGACAGGUCCUCUUCCAGAGCCCGUUUCCAGCCAUGAUGCAGAAGAUCAGGUGAAUGGAAAAGCAACUCCGGAGGAAAAGCCUAAAGUAGCUAUGAGCCUGUCGACCUCCAGCACCUCCUCCAACACCUCCACCUCUGCAGCUCCAGCCAGCACCUCAGCACCAGAGGACAAACCAAAAGAGAAGGCUUCGAGUGAUGACGCAGGACUAUCUCUGGAGAUAUCGCUGCAGCAGGCCAAGGAACGCGCUCGCCAGAAACGCUCUAACAAGAAAGCCCCUCAGAUGGAUUGGAGUAAAAGAAACGAGCUCUUCAGCAACCUCUGAGCCUCCUCUGUGCCUCCCAUCUUCCUCUCACCCAUUUUCUUUACUUCCUCUACAAUUGUCCGUCCCAUCAUGCCUCUGCACUCUUUCAGUAUACUUGUACACAUUUUGAAACCCUCUCACAUGUGUAUUUUUAAACCAGUGUUAUUUUGCAUCUGAUUUCUAAAUCUGUUGAUUUUUUUUUUUUUUUGUUUGAUCAAUUUUUACUUGAUUUAACCCAGUAUCGAUCUUCUGAUAUAUCGAUAUCUAAUAUAAGAUGAAAUAUAUGAUUUAACAUUACUGUAUAAUGCAAGUCUAGAAUAUAAUUUUUUUAAAAGAAGAAAGCUAAAAUGAUAUCUGAAACAUAUCUGUAUAUUCUCUUGCUUUGCUUACAGUAAUAUUGAUGCAGUAUUGAUGGCUCUGUGAAAACGCCGUAUAGUGUCUGAUGAGUUGCUUCAGGACUAGUCUUAACCAUGGAGUUUUGAAAUAACUUUUAGAGCAGCAACAAUCCAUUGAUUUUUCAUGUGUGUGUGUGUGUGGUUAUGAUCAGUUCAUAACAUUAAGGGUAGAAACUGCAGCCUUUUAAUUUUGUAAAUGUGAGCCGUUCAUGGUUUGGGACCCAUUAACCACUGAAAUGACGCUGUUGGCUGAUAAACCUUCUAAUUAAAGGUUUUAUUUCAAGUGCUUGUUUAGUGGAUGUACUGUGCUUUUUAUACAGCACAUGGUAAUAGUGGGAGUGAGUACUGAAUGUUUAAGCGUAUGUUUACUUGUAAAUCUUGCACAGUAUUUUAUUUCCAUGGCAAAUGCUCGCUUCACUCCAUGUCUUUAGUAGGUGAAUUUUUAAAGUACUGAAAUGUACCUGCUUUAAAUAACUUAAAGGACCAUGUCUUUUUGUUCUACACCAAAAACAAUGAACAUUUAAAAAAAAUGGCCAGUCUGUUAUGACUAUAUUUAUACACGUUGCACAAUAUAUACCGAUGCCAGAAAAGCAUUGUUAUACACUGAUGUGUAAAACGGUACUAUUUCUUGACAGCAUUUUAAUAAGAGUUGUAUUCCCUGAAAUUUUGUCUGUUUAAAGCAAGUCUUAAAGUGACAGCAGCCUACUAAACCUGCCUGCUCUCUGAUGUUAAUCAAACAACAGAAAAUGAGAAAAUCACUCUCAACUGAAUAACUUUAGUAGCUUGCACAUUUCAUUCAUACAGAGAAGACUAUUCAGUGUUUCAUUUUAACGUUUGGUUAUCUAAUUUCUGUACUAUUUCUUACGUGAUUGCUACUGUUUGAAUAGUCUGUACCUGAAACAAAAAUUAAAGCACUGUUUAUUUAA